AUGGAGCGAAAAGGUGUAAACUGGACACAGUUUUCACACGUGUACCUAGGCCAGCUAACUGCGCGUGAAUGGUCGAGUCUCAUCAUACGUUCGGAAGCCGUUUUAUCACAGUCAACGAGUGAGCAGGAGCCAGAGCUGAAUCAAGCCCCGGGCACCGUAAAGGUGCGCUCGGGGAGCGCUUCUUCUACGCCGACGCUUGCCGUUUCGCCGAGCCAAGUAGCUGUCGCUUUGCCGCAAACGGAAACACCUUCGUUGUCGCCUUUGAAGAAGGAUGCACCUGCGGAAGUGGUCCACAGCUCGAACUCCAAUAGCCCCGUGGUACCGCUGCGUUCAAGUGAGAGCCCGAAAAGCACCCCACGAGCGGCACCGGAGCCGGUGUCAGCAGGCACACCGCGACUACGUUGGGCUUCCGUCGUGAGCGGCGAAGCUCGUGCCGAUGCACCUGGCGCUUCCCAUGAAAGUAACCAGUCAAGUGUGACGACUGAGAGCAAGUUGCUAAAGCGAAUAGACGAGGCCGAUCAGGCCACCGGGUCGGAUCGUCGAGGAAGGCUGUUCACGGGGCUUCCAGCUCAGAUGAGCGAACGACUCUUGCAGCUGCUGGAAUACGGGUGCCCUGUGUCCAACGACAGAACGCCGUCACCGAGUGUAGCCGCAUCAUCGAUUGCCAUAGAUCCUCACUGGAGACGACCCGGUUUUGUGAACACCGGGAAUUCGUGUUACCUGAAUGCGGUGCUGCAAGCGCUUCUGGCCAUCGAUGAAUUCCGCUUAACAUGGACUGCGCUUGGAGCGCUUCUCCCGACUCAGCGGGAUCUCUUGGAGAAGUGCAACUGCCAUUUGGUUGCUGGAUGGCUUCGGCUCAUCGACGAGUGGCAAGCGUUAUGUCAGCAGACGCGCCUCCAGCGAGGACGUUUCGGAGCCGCAGCACCUAUGCUACGGCCAACGUAUUUCUGGGAGAACGAGCGAUUAGCUUCUACCGUGGGUUCGGGUCACCAGGAAGACGCUCAGGAGCUACUGAUGAUCAUGUUGGACGGAUUGCACAGUGAGUUGCUGGAACUGCGAUCCCUGCUCGGCGAAAAGAGCAAGCUGGCCUCGCUGGAGCGCGCCGCUUCGCCUUCGCUCACCGACUCGGAUGCCACCAGCGAUACCGAGUGGGAAACCGUGGAUCGACGAGGACGUAGCGCUAUUGUUCGAACGCACCAAGUGCGAAAGACGUUUAUCACUUCCAUUUUCGGUGGUGCGCUUCGGAGCGAGGUGCGCAAAGCAGGUGCUAAGCGCUCUGCGGUUCGUGAACCUUUCCUCAUGCUAUCUUUGGAUAUCGAAGACCAACGGAUUCGGACAUUGGACGACGCCUUCCGCUACUUUAUGGAACCGGAGUUCCUUGAAGCACCCGAUGAGCGCGACAGCAGUGCACGGACCAGAACGCGCGUAGCCGCCAACCUUGACCCGCUGCGGAAGCACGUCACGCUGGAUACGCCCCUGCCGCAAGCGCUUAUCAUUCACUUGAAACGGUUUUCCGUGGCGUCAGACGGAACAGGUCAGGGAAAGAAGCUGCACAAGGAGCUAUCAUUCCCGCCACAGUUCGUUCUGAAUGCAUCCUGGUUCAGUGCGGCCGUACCAAAAGCGCAACUCGGCGAGGCGUGUUCCCGUCGGUAUCGUUUGGUGGCGGUCAUCACACACCUGGGCACGGACUUGGCGAACGGGCACUACAUUGCAGACGUGCUGGCGAGCGGUACAAACUCGACAUGGUCGUUGUCCAAGUCACGAAACGCCCCUCGGGGAUUGACUCGUUCGGUUGAUGCCGACGCGAUCUGGUGGCAGUGUGAUGACCAGGAUGUGCAAAUGGUGUCCGCAAGCACCGUUCUAUCGCGUGCCGCGUAUGUCUUGGUUUACAGAAAUGCGUAG